GGCGAACAACUACAGCUUUACUGUGACAUGAACUACACCGCCGUGUACGAUGUUAGCAGUUACAAGACAUCCAUAAUCUCUUCAGUCAAAACAAACUUCAGCUCGGAUGUUCCUGGCUUGACCAUCCAGUGUACAAAUGGCAAUUACGUACCAAGCGCUACGGAACUCAAGACCAAAAUUGACUUUCGAUGCGAACCAGUUUGUGUAGAAGCGUGCCAGAAUGGCGGCAAGUGCGUCAGCCCUUUUUCCUGCGAAUGCACGAGAAAUUGGAUGGGAGCGGCAUGUGAUCUUAAUGUGAACGAUAAAUGUACGGAAAACAUCAACGACUAUACUCUGACGAAAGCAACCCUCCAGAAAGACCCUAGUAACCCGAAGCUACAAUGGUUGGUCUGUGAAACUGGCUUCAAGAUAAGGGAGGAUGUCUUCAAAGCGCCGAUCUAUUGCGCCGGUGGCGUCUGGGUCAUGGAAAAAGUCAAAAAAGUUAGCGAGUUAGGCGGCACUCUGUCAUGCCUGCCGAACUGCGUGGGCGGCUGCAACGGCGUGUGCCACGGCAACAACGUCUGCGUCGAGAGAACGAGCGUGUGCUCCGACAUCGUCGUUAUCAACGGGCGCUCAAGACGACA